CUCUCUUUCCGUCAAACUUUCUCAUUUCCCACGCCGACAUGUCUGCUCGUGCUUUGCGAAAGGCUCAGCGUGAGCUAGAGGAGAAACGACAGCAGGAGCUGGCUGCGCAACGUGCGGAAGAGGAGGAAGACUCAGAAGAAGAGCUAUCCUCCAGGCCGCAGGCGAAGCCCAGCUUGUUUGCGAUGCUAGGAGGUGACGACGAUGAUGAUGACGAGGAGCAGGAUGAAGCAGAGGAAGCUCUCGCUGCUCGCGAAGAGAGCGAAGAAGAGCCCGCCACCACACCGCAACCCAAGGCAACAAGCGCGAAGCGCAAGAAGAAGAAGAAGAAGGGCAAAGGCGCUGCCAAAUCCGCAAACGAAACACCUACCCGCGACUAUACCGAGACCUCCCAGCUCGACGAAAUCGACAUUGCUUUGCGCUCCCUCAACGUCACCAAACCCGGCGGCGACGCGAAGCCGACAGAGGAAAGCUCCUUGGACCCGUCCGUCCACGAACUAUACAAGCUCUUGUCCAUCGAUUCGCAAAGCCUGCAUGCUGCGAACGAGAUGCGCCGUCUCUUUGGGCGAGCGGCUUUAGAAAGAGAUGAUGACGAAGCUGCUCCGGGCGGGCGGCGAGGCAGAGGUGCACAGCAGAUGGGACUGGCUGGCGCCGUGGCGGGCCGCAACAUGCCCGGAGGUCGCGGUUUGGCUUCUCUGGGCUUGCGGCGGAACCUCUUUAUACAGGGCAAGGAGGAGUGGCCCCGGGCUACAGCAGGCGGUCUCGGCAUGGAGAUCGUAGAGAAACGCGCAGACGGCACAGUGGAAUAUAGGUUCGUGCACAAUGGAGCAUAUCAAGAUGUGCAAAGGCAAUUUGAGUCUUGCGUGGCCUCUAUGGACCCAAAUCGCAUGGUCCAGCUGCUUCAAUUCAAUCCAUACCAUAUUUCAACCUUGCUUCAAGUAUCCGAAAUCGCGAAACAAGAGCGGGAUCACGCGACUUCGGGAGACCUUCUCGAAAGAGCUCUCUUCUCAUUUGGCAGAGCGGUUCACUCAACUUUCUCGAACAAUCUCACUCAAGGCAAAGCUCGAUUCGACUUCCGGAGACCAGAGAACCGCGAGUUCUGGCUCGCUGCAUGGCGCUACGUCAGCAACCUUGGAAUGCGAGCAACGUGGCGUACCGUGUAUGAGUGGGCUAAGCUUUUGCUGAGCCUUGACCCAGAAAAUGACCCAUUCUGCGUCCGACUGGUCAUCGAUCAAUUCGCUUUCCGUGGACGCUCUCAGCAAGAUUUCAUCAACCUUGCAGAGAGCGAGUUCUUCAAGACCCGAUGGCAACACUUGCCGAAUGUUCAGAUGACCCUGGGUCUGGCAUACGUGCAGACGGGCAACCGCAGCAAGGGGCAGCAGAAGCUAUUUACGGCCAUUGGCCGCUACCCUUGGGUAGCUGCCCGCCUGUUCCAAGAGUUGGAGUUGAACGACACACCACCAGGCAUCUGGGGGAAGCAACCACGCACGCCGUACGAAAACCUCGUCACGGAACUCUACGUCGUUCGAGCAAAAGACGUUUGGAACACGCCAGAGGCUAAGAACUUGCUCGUCGAAGUUGCUUCAGCUGUUCAACCAUCAGCGGCGGCAGCGGUCGAAGCGGAUCAUCCUAUUACGAGAGACGUCGCUCGUCAUACCAUUCUCACGGACAACCCAACAUUAAUUAGUCUCGUCCCAAGAUCGUUGACGUCAAAGGUCGCGUCAGCGUCCGAUCCUCUACCCCCUGAAGAUAAUAUGGCAUCCUACGAUCCCAGCCCUAGGGCAGCAAAUCCUCGUCGUGCGGCCCAGAACGAGGCUGAGAUAAGACGGGAGUACAGCACGCUACGAACCUUUUUCCAGAGCAUAAUGCCCUGGUUCCGGCCUGAUGCGCCAGAGGGCGGUGCGGCUGAGGCAGCUGAAAUGCCCACCGAGGAAGAAGUGGAAAGGCGCAUUGUGGAGUCGGGGAUCCCGUUUCAGGAAUUUUGGGAGAGGACCGAGAGGUUUGCGCAGCUGCAGAACGCAAUCGACGUGAUUGACGGCAUGGAACGCGCACCGGCCGAGCUGCCGGACCUGGAGACGAUGCAGGCGCAGAGUCUGGCCGAAGCUGAAGCUGAAGCUGAAGCUGAGGGCGGGGGCGGAGAUACAGCUCGGGACGAUCGGGAGCAAGAGCACUGAGAGUCUGAGGCUUGGAGGAGUGCUUGGGACGCUGAGUGGUGUCGUACAUAGGGAUUUUCACAUGGCAAUCAGCGUGUCGCGACGAUUGUUUGAAGCCACAAGCCACACAAGUUUUAGAGAGCGUCCGCGGUUAGGCCGGCCGUGGCAGGGG